UCCUGUACUAAAAGUAAUCUUUCUUUUUUCAAAGGUUCGCCAGCCUGUCAUAUGCAUCAACAACCAUGUAUUUUGUUCAAUUUGCAUUGAUUUGUGGUUGAAGAAUAAUAGCCAGUGUCCAGCUUGCAGAGUCCCAAUCACUCCUGCAAAUCCUUGCAAAGAGAUUAUUGGAGGAACAAGUGAAAGUGAACCUAUGCUAAGCCAUACAGUCAGGAAGCACCUUCGGAAAACUAGACUUGAGUUGCUACACAAAGAAUAUGAGGAUGAAAUAGAUUGCUUGCAGAAGGAGGUAGAAGAGCUUAAGAGUAAAAAUCUCAGUUUGGAGUCACAGAUCAAGACUAUUCUGGAUCCUUUAACCUUGAUCCAGGACAACCAAAAUGAAGACAAACAUCUAGUCAUAGAUAAUUCAAGUAAAAUUGACCAAGAAACUGUAGCAGAGUGGAAGAAAAAACUCAGAACAGCUAAUGAAAUCUAUGAAAAGGUGAAAGAUGAUGUGGAUAAGUUAAAGGAGGCAAAUAAAAAAUUGAAAUUAGAAAAUGGUGGCCUGGUAAGAGAGAAUUUACGACUGAAGGCUGAAGUAGAUAACAGAUCACCCCAGAAGUUUGGAAGGUUUACAGUUGCAGCUCUUCAGUCCAAAGUAGAACAGUAUGAACGUGAAACCAAUCGCCUCAAGAAAGCUCUGGAACGAAGUGAUAAGUAUAUAGAGGAACUAGAAUCUCAAGUUGCACAGCUGAAAAAAUCAGGCAAAGAGAAGGAAGCUAUGAAUUCCAUUUGCCAGAGAUCACUUUCUGCAGAUGGCAUGGGUGGCAAAGGCAGUGAGGAGGAUGUGGCAUCAAAGAAUCAAGGUGAUAGUGCCAGUAAGCAGUCUGGCUCAUCUACAUCUAGUUCUUCUCACCUGGCAAAGGCUUCUAGCAGCAAACUCUCUGACACUGGUUCUGCUAGGCAGGAAAGCACAAUCAAUACAGAUCUAAACUGUUCCAAGAACAAAGACCUAUAUCAGAAACGGGUAGAAAUCAUGUUAGAUGUGACAGAUACACAUAUGGAUACUUAUUUGGAAAGUGAGUGGGAUAAUAAACCAAGUGAUUGUGUGCCCUACAAAGAUGAAGAACUUUAUGAUCUUCCAGCUCCCUGUACUCCUUUGUCCCUUAGUUGCCUUCAGCUCAGUACUCCAGAAAAUAGAGAAAGCUCCACAGUCAAAGCUGGAGGUUCCAUAAAGCACUCCAAUCAUCUCAGAAAAUUGGUGUUUGAUGACUUUUGUGAAUCUUCAAGUGUUUCUAUCAAAGAUUCUUCAGAAGAUGAUACAAAUAGAAAUGAAAAUGACAACAAAUCAGAAUGUUUUACUACCCCAAAGACAGGAUUUUGGGACUGUUGUUCUACAAGCUAUGCUCAAAGCUUGGAUUUUGAAAGUUCAGAGGGGAACACAAUAGCAAAUUCUGUUGGAGAAAUAUCUUCAAAAUUAGGUGAGAAACCAGGCUCAUGUUUAUCCAAGAGGCUGAAUUCUAUUCGCUCUUUUGAAAUGAAUCGGACAAGAACAUCUAGUGAAGCAUCAAUGGAUGCUGCUUACCUUGACAAAAUCUCUGAGUUGGAUUCAAUGAUGUCAGAGUCAGACAACAGCAAGAGCCCAUGUAAUAACGGUUUUAAGUCGGUGGAUUUGGAUGGGUUGUCAAAGUCAUCUCAAGGCAGUGAAUUUCUUGGGGAAUCUGACAACUUGGAAGAAAGAACUAAGCUAAACCUUUCCAAAAGUUCUCUAACUACUGCUGAUCACUUAGAAAAUGGAAAUGAAUGGAAACCCACUUCUUUUUUUCUCCUUUCUCCAUCUGACCAAGAAAUGAAUGAAGAUUUUUCACUCCAUCCCAGUUCUAAUCCAGGAACUAAUGAAACCAAACCCCCAAGCUGUUUGUUUCAGACAGAGUUUUCCCAGGGUAUUUUGUUAAGUAGUUCACAUCGACUGUUUGAAGAUCAAAGGUUUGGGUCAUCUUUGUUUAAGAUGUCCUCAGAGAUGCACGGUCUUCAUAACCACCUUCAGUCUCCUUGGUCUACUUCCUUUGUGCCUGAAAAAAGGAAUAAAAAUGUGAGUCAGUCAACAAAAAGAAAAAUCCAGAGCAGCCUUUCCAAUGCCAGCCCAUCAAAAGCAACUAAAAGUUGACUCAUUGGAAAGGUGUCAUUUGUGGUUUUGUUCUGAAAGAAAUAAAAGUUUUUAAAGUUACUUUUUUCCUCUCAUAAAAAUUCUGUGUAAUUUUGAAUUGA